UUACUUUAGUGAGAGGCUAGAGAUGAAUCCAACGCACAACACCUAUAUGGAAAUAUAAGGAAAGGGUACCUUAUAUAUACUUUACACCACUGUUCUAAAGGUUUUGAAGAUACACAUUUUUGAUCAUCUGUUACGUAUCUAAACCUGCCGUGCAUGGCAUUUCUUAUGAAAACAAUGCCUAUGUGAUACUCGUAUCUUGUAUCACACAUCCGACUGAACAGACAUAAUCAUUAUUAAAGGUCAAAGAUGAAAUAAUACAAAGGUAAAAGAAAGUAUAUUCAAAAUGCAUUAUUUCCUCCAAGUCAAUCAGUCCCAACCCUGGUCAAACUGAAGGACACAUUAUCUGGCAUUGAUCGAACUGACAUUACGCGUUGAGAGUAAUCAGGUAUUUCUUAUAGCCCGUCUGAAGUGUGAUGCUGCUUUGUUAAUGGGCAAACGAACAUAUUUGAAGACUGUUCGAUAUUGCUAUGUUAAAUCGUCAAGCUGGUUUUAUUAAUAGCAGAAGAGCUUGUAUUGCUACCGAAUCAACUCACCGGUCAAUACCUGAAGUGGUCUCUAAUUAUUGUGGCCAUAAACUAUGCAUUGACCCAUAGCUACAAGACCACGGAUCCAAGUGGUAUUAGACGAAUGAAUGUUCCGUGGCGCUGGUUAAACCUCCAAUGGGAUCUCUUCUUAAUAAUCCGUUAUAGCAGUUGACUGAACACAUUUGUGAUCGGCGUAUUAGACCCACCUGUACAGUGUGCCAAUGAACAGUGUAUUGCCUUCCGUGUAAAGCUCUGUGUUUACUGCUGGUAUCCCAGGUGUAUAUUGGAACAUAUAUAAUACAGGAGGUGAGAGAGGAUGGAACACAGGUGACAUCGGGACUAAGGAGUUCGCUAAUAAGGAAAUCGACAUGGGGCCCCGGGCCAGUAUCCCAUUAGUUGCCCUCCCAAGGGACUAUGUGGUGAUCGUGACCGGAGGAGACACAGGUAUCGGCUAUGAGACUGCCAAGUUUAUCGCCAUGAUGGGGCCAACGGUUAUUGUAGCGUGCCGUUCAAAAGACAAGGCUGAAAGGGCAUUCGAACAAAUGAAUGAGGAAUUCCAGCAAGAAAAAGAAAACUUAACACAGAAUAUCAUCAGCGAUGAUCGUCUGAGUCUGGAGUUUGCAAAGUUGGACCUAGCUAGUCUUAAAUCAACAAUGGAUUUUGUGGAGAACUUUAAAGCAUCCGGUAGAAAACUGCACGUGCUUAUCUGUAACGCAGGGGUUAUGAUGUCAGAAGAGAUUGUGACAGAAGAUAAUUACGAGUUGACAUACCAGGUCAAUUACCUCAGCCAGUUUCUGAUUAUGGCACAUUUUCUCCCGAUCAUGAAAACGUCCGGAAAUGACGUCAGAAUUGUACUGGUGUCGAGUGCGGCACAUAAGCACUGUCACUAUGAUCCGAACUACGCGGCUGGUGAAAGGAUGAAGAAUCAUGAUCCCCUACAAUGUUACAGUAAUACAAAGUUGUAUCAGAUAAUGCAGAUGUAUAGCAUUGACCGGAUGUUGGAGAAGACACAUGUCGAGUUGUAUAGUGUACAUCCGGGUUAUGUGUCCAAGGAUCUCUACCGGCGGAAUCGUCACUUUGGAUCCAAGUUCAACUGCUACCGGUGUUGUCUGAAAUGUUUAUGUAUGAUAAAAACACCUAGAAAAGGAUCGGCAACGACAAUAUACGCUGCUGUGAGUCCCGAACUAAAGGGGCUGAGUCGGGCCUACUUCACACAUUCACGUGACGCCGCCGAAUUCCCUAGUCGCACCGCCAGAGACAGAGAGUUGCAGGACUAUCUGCUGCAAUGCACAUUAGACAAUCUGAGAGACCUACUUCCUGAUGAAUUUACUCGGGAAGCCCUCAGUACAGUGAAAAAGGCGAAUACAAAAUCAGGGUCAUCAAAUCACUGAAUUAGCGGGUACCAUUAUGAUAUUGAACAUACUAGCACUGAACUGAAGCCGUAAGGAAGGAAGUGAUUUAUAUAACCUUAUCAUGGAAGUGCGUCGAUGUCAUUUGCAAUACGAAAUGGUUAUAUCCUGUGUGUGAUUUGUUCCAUUAAUACUGUAGUUGAAAUAUACAGUUCAGAUUAUACUCAUGAAACACAAAGGGGAUAUUAACUUUCUGUGUAUGGUUUUGACGCUGUCAUUCCACAUGUUUGCUGUAAUCUAACACUAUAACUGUGCAUAAUUACAAAAGUUCAUAUAUUAGUGCUAUGUCAUUUUGUCAACAUCGUCAACAACAUUAUGUCUUGUGACUUCACCAUUUCCAAUUCUUUACCUUCUACCGACUUUCACAAGAUGAUGGCAUAAUGCAAUGAAAGAUCAAUACAUACUGAGACAUUACGAUGUUUCAAACAUAUUUAAGAUCAAUACAUAUUGAUACAUUGCGAUGUUUCAAACAUAUCUCAUUAUAUGCACGUGAAAUUAUCUCUUAAUAUUUUUUCUACUUUUUGUCAUACGAAUGUGUCACGUGAGUGCUUCCUAAUGAGAAUAUCAAGAUAUAGGUCAUUAUUACGUCAUAUCUGGUCAUAUUUUUGAAAUAACCCCACUGUUACAUCAUCGAAGCAUUUGUUUGUUCUAUCAGGACCAUCUUAAAGCGAAUGUCAUUUCAGCUCGGUUGAAAUUCAGUUAAUAUGAUCACGUGGCAGUUUACAAAGUUAACCUUAGAUGUAUUUAUCAUCUGUGUUAUUGUAUUAACAUUGUUUUAAUUCCCGACUAUCUACAUGUUUAAUGCAAAAGUAAAAUAUUAAAUCAUUAUUUCUCCCGCCAUUUUCAUUGAUCAUAUAAUUUAUUUAAGAUUUGUACAUGUAUUACAUUAAAAUAUUUUCUAUUCCAUUGUUUUAUUUGAUUUAGAUAGAUUACACAUUCAAUCUUUUUUCAAAGUCACCAACGCAAUCCUGUUUCUUCUACAAAAUUUACAGUUGCGAUAAAAGCAUAUUUUCCUAUUGUAAAAGUGUCAAUUUAACAAAGUAUUGAACAAUAGAAAGUCUUGUAUUAUAUCUCAUUGGCAAGAUAUCACAUUUAAAAACAAUGGUAGCGAUAUAAUAAUCUACUUGAUACGUGGUAUGAUAUAUCAUAUUGUAUGGCAUAAUAACUUUGAAGUAUAAUUCAUUACAUAGCAUAAUAAUCAUAUAUCAUAAUAAUUUUAUAACAUGACGCUUUUUGUAAUAUUGUAUAUUGCAACACAUAAGACAUGAUACUGCAAAAACAAUGUGUACCAAACAGGCUGUGAUUUUUCGAACUUAAUGUAAUUGGAGUAUUUUUGCAAAAGGAAUAAAACCUCUGCUGAA